GUUUGUUUUAGGUUAUGGAGGGAACAACAUAAAAACAUUGCAUGGAAUCGUCAAGGCUCUAAACUAUUUUUUAUAUAUUUAUUUUAAAUUUCUUUAAAAUUCCAACUUCCCUGUAUAUGUAUAUAAAUCAAUAAUGAGUUCUUCUCCACCUAGUAGCAGAGAAAUUAAAGCGAUUUCAAAAAAUGACGUACAUAGGAUCUGCUCAGGACAGGUUGUAUUAAAUCUUGCCACAGCUGUGAAAGAACUUGUUGAGAAUAGUUUGGAUGCAGGCGCUACCUCCGUUGAUGUUCUAGUGAAAGAUUAUGGCAGUGAAUUGGUUCAAGUAGCAGACAAUGGUUGCGGCGUUUUGCCUGAGAACUUCCAGGCCCUCAGUAAGUGGUGA